AUUGGAUUAGGACAAGAGUAGUCCAAGCAGUAGGACUCUUUCACAAAACCCUAAAAAUCCAAAAACCCUUCCGGUUUUUAAUCGAGGGCAUUUUUUUCCCUUCCCUCUUCUUCUACUUCAUAUGUCUGAAACAUCUUAUUUUUUAUGUAUUUUUUUAGGUGAAGUACUCCAGAUAGUCGGACAACCCCACUAAGUCUUGCAAGGCUAGGGGGUCAGAUCUCAGAGUUCAUUUCAAGAUUGGUUUAUUUGUCAAACCUGAUGAAAAAAAGCAAGGACCUAUUGCCUUUUGUGAAUGGGUCUCUCAUAAACUUCAGGGAAAUUAGUUGCACUGUUAUUGGGUGAACCGCAUGAGUAUUGUCUGUGAUUGAAGGUUCAGUAAAUAAUGUUUUAGUGGUGUUCUCCUGGUAUUCUUUAUCCUCCUAUACAAACCAGAGUUUCUUCUGGAAUAGAGGUGAAAGAUGCAACACGACGAAGUGAUAUGGCAGGUCAUCAGGCACAACCACUGCAGUUUCAUGACCAAAAUCACAACUGGGAACUUUUGCCGCAAUCCCUAUAACGUAACUGGGAUUUGCAAUCGCAGUUCCUGCCCUCUGGCCAAUAGUCGCUACGCCACAAUUCGAGACCAUGAUGGAGUGUUUUAUCUAUACAUGAAAACCAUUGAAAGAGCCCAUAUGCCAAACAAAUUAUGGGAACGGGUUAAAUUGCCACGAAACUACGGAAAGGCUCUUGAGCUUAUUGACAAGCAUCUAAUGUUUUGGCCGAAGUUGCUUGUUCACAAAACAAAGCAGCGUCUCACUAAAAUGACUCAGAUGCGAAUUCGCAUGAGGAAGCUUGCAUUGAAAACAAGGGAGAAGAUAAUGACCACACCUAGGAAAGAGAAGAAGAGAGAGGCUAGAAGAGAGGAAAAGGCCGAAAAAGCUGCAGUUUUGGACAAGAGCAUUGAGAAAGAAUUGCUGGAACGUCUUAAGCGUGGAGUUUAUGGUGACAUAUACAACUAUCCUGUUAAAGAAUAUAAUAAAGUUCUUGAUAUGGAAGGACUACAAGCUGCUAGUGAAGAUGAAGAAGAGGAGGAGCCUGAAAUUGAAUAUGUUGAAGGCUAUGAAGAACUUGAAGAAGAAGAUGAUAUUGAAGAUUUUGGUGGCCUUGAGAUUGAUGAGUCUCUCAAGGAUGAAGAUCUCGAUGAUGAUAUGGGUGAAGAUGAUGAGGAGAUGGAUUUAAUUGACCGAAAGAGAGUGAGAAGAGGAUCUGGGUCAGCUCAUGGAAAGCUUGACAAAGAUGAACGAGGCGCAAAUUUGAAAAAGAGACCAAGGGUACUUGUUGAGGUUGAACAUGAAGGCACUGAUGAAAGACAGAAGGCAAUCCAAUGAAGGAGCUUGUGAUUUGGAUUUCAAUCCACUUACAGCAUGACAACAAUUAUCCUCCUCACUCAUGACAGAUUGAUUAACCUUACCAAGGAGGGGGAAACAGCCAGAGAAAGAAA